CGGACGGGACCCCUCCCCGCUUUUGCUCGCCCCCCCCCUUCGCUUGGGGAGGCCCCGCUGGUGACCCUCGAAGACGUGGCCGUCUCUUUCUCCCCAGCGGAGUGGGCUCUCCUGACGGAGCGGCAGCGGCGGCUCUACCGGGAUGUUAUGGAAGAGGCCCGGGAGCUGGUGGCUUCUUUCCUGGAGCCACUGCCUUCCAGACCGGAGCCAAUGUGCAGAACUGAGCAAGGAGAAGCACCGUCUGCCACAGGUCCCUGCCUACCGGGGGAGAGAAGUGCCCAAGGGAGCCCCACAUCCGCUGACCAGAGCUGGAGCGACAUGCAGAAACAGGAGAUUAAAGUGGAGCCGGGCAGCCGCAGUGGGAGUCCUUCUCCGUCCCUCCCCGGGAGCGCCCCAGGAUCAAACUUCCCCCUGCUGGAGGUGUGCCCCAGGUGGUGUGAGGUGAAGCUGACGGACCUGAGGAGUCCCUCCUGGAGCCGCCUCUCGGAAGGAGCCUGGGGCCCAGUCAAAGAGGAGCUGCUGAUCUGUGGGGAGUGUGGGGAGAGCUGCUCUGCCUGGGAGUCCCUGGGGGAGCACCGGCGCCUGCACUGGGCAGAGAGGGGGCCCUUCGCCUGCUCCGUGUGCGGGAAGGCCUUCCGCCAUCGCAGCAACCUCUUGGCCCACAAGAAGCAACGCAGGAAGAGGCGCCACGCCUGCGCCCAGUGCGGCCUCCAGUUCUGCCUCCGGGGAGACCUGCUGCGCCACCGCGCCAGCCACGCGGCCGAGGGCACCUUCCCGUGUGGCACCUGCAGCCAAGUCUUCCCGAACAAGAGGCACCUGCUCGCCCACCGGCGGGAGCAUGCCCGGAAGGGCCCCGAGAAGUGCCCCGACUGUGGCGAGGCCGUGGGCGGCGAGGCCGAGCUCCUGAGGCACCGGGCGGCCCAUGCGGGGGACCGGCCGUUCACCUGCGCCACGUGCGGGAAGAGCUUCUGCUGGAAGGAGAGCCUCCAGAUCCACCAGCAGCAGCUCCACGUCCAGGGGGGCGGCUUCCCCUGCUCCCUCUGCGGGAGGACCUUCAGCCGCCACGGGAACCUGCUCGCCCACCAGCGGCAGCACACGGGGGAGCUGCCCUUCGCCUGCCCCGAGUGCGAGCGCCGCUUCGCCACCAAGGCCAACCUCACGGUGCACUGCCGGCUCCACCGCUCGGGCCCUCGCACCCUCGCCUGCCUGCCGUGCGGCCGGGCUUUCCGCUCCAGGGAGAAGCUGCUGGAGCACCAAGCCUCCCACGUCCUCGGGGAGAAGGGGGUGCCGGUCAAGGAGGAGCCGUAGGGGGGAGUGUGGGGGCUCAAGGGGAGGGCGAUGGUCUGUGUACUCCCCCAUCUUCCCCGUUCACGCAGAGUCCUUCCCCAUUACAGUUGCUUAGCUU